UAAAUGAACAAGUCGAUAUAUUUUAACAACUAUAUACAACAACUACAUACAGAAAUUAUUGUUGUGAAAUAAAAAUAAAUAUGGCGAAACUGACAAAAGCGGUUUGGGGACUUUCAUCAAAUUUCGCAUCAAAUCAAUACUUUUCAAGAUUAUUGACGCCAUCGAGAAUAAAUAUUCCUGUUUCAAUUCAACGAAAUUCAUCAGCCAAAACUGCUGUUAAUACAUCUGAGGAUGCACUUCUAAUUAGCGAUAGUUGUGUUAGACGUUUAAAAGAAAUUUCGGAAAAUGGAGCUUGUUUACGAGUGACCGUUGAAGGUGGAGGUUGUUCCGGAUUUCAAUAUAAAUUUGACUUGGAUUCCAAUAUUCAAGACGACGAUAAAAUUUUCCAAAAAGAUGGAGCAAAAAUAGUGAUAGAUUCAACAUCAUUAGAAUAUGUGAAAGGCGCAACUGUCGAAUAUCACAAAGAAUUAAUUCGUUCGGCUUUUAGAAUAACGAAUAAUCCUCUAGCUGAACAAGGUUGCAGCUGUGGCGUUAGUUUUGCUGUUAAAUUAGAUUAAUUUUCGACGAAAUUAUUAUUUUUUUUUAGUCUUCUACGUCGUCCCAAGAAAGAAAGUGAUUAUUUGAAACUAUUUUAAAAAUAAGAUGCAUAUUUUAAAUACACACACAUUUAUAUAAAGAAUAUAUUUGAAAUUUGAUAUUUCAAAUUUAUUCAAUUCUAUUUUGUAUAGAAUUUAUUGUUUCGUGUUAAAAUUUUUAUUAAAUUGUAUGAAUAAGUUUUUGUUACGGGAAGAAGAGGGUAAGAAAUUAUUAGAAGAUUAUAAUUUAUAAUAUAUAAUUU